AUGCAGACUGCAGUAGGAGUUUUUGGUGGUGAAAGCUACAGUAACGGUGUGAGUGUGCCUCCACUGAUGGUGGAAAAUGCUGCAGACAGUGGACGCCCGGCUGUUUCAAGUCUGAACUGCCCACCAUUUCUUGCUGUUGAGGCCUGCAGGGAGCGCUUGGGCGUCCAUCCUUGUGACAAGAGGAGGAGCAUAACAGAGUACCGUACUCUCUUCCCUGCCAUUGAUUUUUCGCUGAUAGAGAGUGAUGAAGAUGUUCUCUGGAUACCAGAUGUCAGAGAGACCUUUGAGUCACUCGCAGAAAGGGGUAUGAAGUUCAUUGACUGGUUAUGGACAAGAGAAGAGAGGGAGAUAGCCGUCGUGACCCAUAGCGGUUUAUUAUGCCAUACCUUACGCAUGUACAGCAAGGAGUGUCAUCCAACCGUAAGACAAGAAGUGAGCAAGUACUUUGCAAACUGCGAGCUCCGGUCCUUGGUUCUAGUUGACAGGAGUAUGCUUGGUUCAGAUCGCCCCAAUUACAACUACCCUGGCAAAAUCCCAGCCGGACUUGAUCUGCCCAGCGAUGAUGUCGUCGCUGCUGACAAGAAGCAACCUUGCAUUGAGGAAGCUCAAGAGAGAGCCUGA